AUGCUUAGCCCGCAGGAGGAGGACAAAGGCUUGCACAGGGUUGCUCUGAUAUCUGCGGCCCCGGCGAAGGCGAUCGCUCUUCCGCUUCAGAAAGCUCGCGCCAGGACUGUGGCAGCCCUCGUGGACACCGUUGAGGACUCCUGUGAUGGCACUGCGACUCAACUGCUCCUGAUGGCUUUUUACGGCUACCCGGGUGACGUCACGGCCACUGCGGAGGCUUUCGAGGAAGUGCUGUCGGCAGCCCUCGCCUUUGGGGGCCGCUUUGCCAUCUGGGGCGACUUCAAUGCUGUGCAACAAGAAGGCCCCUUUCCCCGUGCCUUUGCUAGAGGGCAGGUCCAACCCAUGGACACCACGAUUGAGGCUGAGCAGGUUUGCACCAAUCCCAGGCGCACUAGAAGAAUUGAUUUUGGAGUCUGCCACAGACGCAUUGUGGUGGAUUCUGUGAGUCACUUCGAUUUGCCGCACAUUUCUGAUCAUGUUUCAGUCGUGUAUCAAAUCGCCAUGGACACGAGUUGUGACAGUCACCAAGCCCCGAGGCCGAUGGCCCUACAGCCGCCUGAUGCGGCAACCGUGCACGAUCUUUUCUUGAAACAUUGGGAUCCGACGGCCUUUGAGGCUCUUGUUCAGGAAGCGUCCUUGGAUGAUGCAUGGGCCAUGCUUUCCGAUGUUGCAGAAAAAGCCCUGAAAGGCACCCCACUUGAUGGCGACCCCGGGAUGUCUCGCAGUGCUAACUGGGAUCCACGCCCCCGUCGGGCGACGGCCUCAAGGGCUGGAGCACAUGGGCACGAGUCCGCGGCCCUCCGAACGGUGAGAAAAUUCUCGGCGCGAAUCCACCAAUUGUGUGCACAGCAGCACUCUGAGCCACUUAGACGUGCGGUGCAACGCUCCUUGUGCCAGCUUCGCCAUUAUUUUGAAAAUGUCCCUUAUGUUGACUUGCAUUCCCCGUGGAAGGCGGCUGAGUGGGCCAAGCAGGCGUGCCAGGACUUGGAAGCCCAGGAAAAGGAGGCCAAACUGCAGCGCUGGAAGCUGGAUGUUAAAGAUGAUGAGCGUAAAGCUCGGUCCUGGAUCAAGCGAAAAGCUCGGCAGGCGAUUGAUGCAGAGAAGCCGGCGGCUCCUGUUGACAACUUGCCGCAUGCAGUGCACCCUGCUCGCGUGGUGCAACAGCAAAGCCGCGCCUGGAUGCACAAAUGGACCUCCCGCCCCAGAACUCAGGAGCAAGAGAGACUGCUGACGCAAGUGCUGGACAGUGUGCCGCCAGGCCACCACCACGACAUGACCAUCCAACUUGAAGCUGAUGAUCUCCUGAGGUCCGCCAGGUCCAUGAAAGGGAAAAUGGAAGGGCCGGAUUUUUGGUCCGCUGAUUUUCUUUUGCAGAUGCCGUUACUGUGGUGGCAGCAUUUUGCCAAACUUUGGACGGCGGUUGUGAGCACAUCGGUCGUUCCCCAGGCCUGGCGCAAAUCCUGGGUGCUUCUACUUGAUAAAAAGAUCAAUGAGACGCGGCCAAUAAGCAUCAGCCCCGUUGCAUGGAGGAUUGGAGCCAAGGCCUUGAAUCGUAAACUCCUGCCCUGGCUCAACUCCUUCCUCGAUCACCGUGCCCUGGGAUCUGCCCCGCACAGAUCGGCCAGUGAUGUGCACGCCAGGCUCUACCUGGCCAUGCAGCAAAACUGCAGUACCUUUGUGCAACAAGAUCUUAGUUCCUUCUUCGAUUCGCUCGACCAUAAUGCGAUGGCUCGCGCCAUGACGAGGCUUGGAGCCCCUAGCUGCUUUGUGAACCUUUUUAAGGCAUUCUACACCGACUCUCGUCGUCUGUUUCGAGUGGCCUCAUACUUCACGCCUAGCUGGCAAACAGCCACCCAGGGAUGCCUGCAAGGCUGCCCGCUCAGCCCCACGGUGGCCCUGUGCUAUGGAUUCAUAUGGAGCCAGUACUGCGCUACCAGCUCUGUUGAAUGUGCAAUCUAUGUGGAUGAUAGAAUUCUAUGGCCCAGGCAACCUGCCACGGAGUCCGCUGGGCGAGCGCUCGCCGAAGCUCUCGACAAAAGUGACCUGGUGGAUAAAGCUUUUGGGCUGAGCUGCCGUCCCGAAAAAUGCGCGUUGGUUGCCCCUGCAGGCGACCAAACGCUCCAGGCACUCUGGCAUCGCAAGUACCCCAGGCAGACUGCCCUGCAUACGCUGGGAAUUGUGAUCGAUGUUGACACGCGCGAGUCCACCCUGCUCAAGCUCUCCUUGAAAAUGGUUCUCUUGAGACUGCGAUACAUUCGCAUGCUCAACUCGCCGAUCGACCUGCAGCGGAGGACCCGCGAUGUCCUACAGAGGUGCGGGUGGCGAGUCGCUGAAGAUGGAGGGGCCAUACAACGAAGUGACGACGACCAAAAUGUGCGCACUUUCCGUUUUGGCUACGAUAAUCUUUCGGUUCUCAAAAUGUGGCUCGUCGAGCAAUAUAAGUUAGUUGGGAUUCAACGGUGCCCUAGGAUUAAGACCUCUUACCACCGUAGUGAUCCCUCCUUUGCCCGUGGACUAAACCUUCCGGCCCCCCCGCCUGGAACCCGCCAUGCUUUAGCGGGCCACCGUGCCUUAGGUAGGGGCGGCCCCCUGGAUGUGCAACGAGCGGCCGUGGCUUCGGGUAACUCCACAUGGCAUGUUGCUAAGCGAAUACAAGGCUUCACUCAGCCACAAGUUUGCCCAUGUGGACUUCGAGCGCCCAGCAGGGCGCACCUUACUUGGAAUUGCGAUGUCUUGACGCCUGUUUCCAUUCUGGGACAACUGCCACGCACCAGAGCAGGCGAGAGACUGUUCGCUGCUGAGGUCCCGGAGUUUCCACCGGCCGUUGGUGGGGACCCCUGGAGCGAUGCGGCGGCCGCCCUUGCACGCCGACUGGAUGACGUCACCCUUUCGGCCCCCGAGAAUGGUUGUGGCGAUGUCCUCCUUGCGACUGAUGGCUCUAGCAAGCAUCAGGUGGGCUCGGCGGCGGUAGUGCAUGGUGAUGCUCACUUCGUUGCCACUGACAACAAUGAGGACCAGAUGCCUUUCACUUGCGAACUCAAAGCCCUGCGACUUGUAUCGGCCGCCCUCCUUCAGGUGACUGUCAUCGCUGGGCGCCGCUUCUGUGUGCUGUCAGACUGCCAAGGGGCACUUGAUGCUCUUGAGGACCCUCUUCAGUGUGCCCUGCCCCUGCUUGCUGCAGAAGUCUCGCGGAAUCUCCAGUCUGCCAGGGCUCUGGGCCACCAAGUUGACCUUGCUUGGAUACCCUCGCAUGGCAAACAACAAAGUUGGAAGCCUCCGGCGAGCUGGAUUUUCUCGGUUCCAGUGUGCCGCGCCUUAAAUGAUCAAGCGGACAGGGCGGCUGAAACCGCUCGUGAAGCACAUGCUGCCAGGUGUUCGAGGGUCCAGUGGUGGUCCCAGUGGCAAGCUGCAAAAGAAUGGGAGAUGGCUGCCAUCAAGCACUCGGCUGCUGCCGCCGGUGCUUUGGAUGCCCAUUAUCGCCGGGCCUUGGAACCGGCCGAUGAUGACCAAGAUGGUGUAGGAUAG